AUGUUGAUUGUAUUUAUUCAUCAAUGCUUUUGUCAAAGAGGUUUUCCGAAACAAUUUCAAACAAUAUUGAAUAUCAGUGGAUUAUAUUCAUUGCACACACCAAUUCAAAUUGUUCAACAACUGUUAUAUGAUUAUGAAAAUUUAAGAGUUCGUUUUGAUAUACAAGGAUGGAAAUCAAAACAAAACGAAACUUACAUGCUUAAAUAUAAGCCCGAAGGUGCUGAAGCAGAUUCACCAGCUUCACAAGGUUACACAAUGGUCAAUUUCAAUCCUGAUUAUCCUGACUUUACAAAAAAUAAUUGUUGGUACAAAACAGAUCCAAUAAAUAGUAUCGGCCCAUUUCCUAGCAGCUGGUUUCAUGGUGCAGAAACUCAUACUGAAAUUCAACCAUGGUUUCCAUUACCAUCAAAUCUGAUCAACAAGGGUCAAGAAUGGAUACCUGAAAUUCAACAAUAUGCAAUAAGAUAUGAUUCACCAGAAAUAUGUGACUUAAAACAAUCUGGUAUUGGUAAAGUUCCAUGCUUAAGUUAUUUUGAAACACAAGAUAGUCCAGUUAAAACCAUUUAUGCACAUGCUGCUUCUGAAGGUGGCUAUGACAGUGAUAAAUACAUCAGUACAGUUUAUUUGUCAUUUACACAUGGUAUUCCAUCAGAAGCUGAACAUUUGUUCAAUUUACCUAAUCAAUGGCCUUCUUAUUGUGGCAAUGCAAAUGCAGGUUUCACUAUACAUCCUCAACAAGGAUUUGUGGUAACUCCAGAUGGUCAAGAUCAUUUUACACUAAAAUUAAACACGCCACCAGUUCAUUCACUAGGUGAUCAAGUCAAAGUUGAGUUUAAAGUCCAACCAAAUUCAUAUUAUAAUGGUACACAAUGUGCUCAAUUCAAUACAAUUGUUUUCGAUCGAGAAAAUUGGCAAAAACCACAACAAGUGGAUAUGUCUUUUAUUGAUUAUGGUUGUUGCGCAUAUGCAGUUAUUGCAAAUGGUGGUGGAUAUGAAUGGCAAUAUGCAAUAUCAACAUUUGUUGUUUAUGCAUGUGAUGGACAAGCUGGAUAUGGUUGCAAAGGCAAAGAACCAUGUGGAGCCUGA